UCGAUUUUUUUAGCAGCAAUCAGAGAAAUUCGGCAUAAAAUUCCAAUAAAUAUGCGAAUGAGUCCAAGUAUUUAUUUGUUUUGUUGAAUCUAGUGUCUAUCUAAGAGAUACGGAAGCGUAUUAUAUCCCCUUCACCAGAUUUCAGGUGUCUACACCAAAUACUCUGGAUCAUAAAAGAAAAAACAAAAAGAAAAAAUGAAUGAUCAUUGAACAGCUGCUGGUCAUGAUUGGGCACAUCCCAAUCCAAAGAGUGCAAAGAAGUCAACUUUAUUUUUUGUACUUUGCACCACAUUAAAAUCAAUUUGCUUAUCAAUUUUACGCUAAAAUUACGUUGAAUCAACUAACAACAAAUAAAACAAAAUUGAUAAAAACGGAUUCCCUGACCUUCAACCAAUCCAAUCAGUAAAAGUAUAGUUUACUUCACUGAUAACUCUGAGCCAAAAGAAAGAUUGCAAAAUAAUAAAAAGGCAACUAAUAGAAGAUAGACGAAAGAGUUCGGAGAGUGGAGGAAAACAAAAAGACAACUCGGUUCGUAAUUAUUAAACAGAAUCUAGGGCUAACUAAGUUUUAUUAAGUGCAGGUGAAAGAGAGACGGCCAUUCGAUUUGGAGUUGCUUUGGAAUGUUUCCAAUGAUUAUGAGCUUUUAAAGAAUAUUAAAUCAUAUUUUUACUAUCGCCCUCGGCCUCUGAACUACCUAUCAUUAGUUUUUGUAUCAAAAAAUUGUUCCUCCAAGUAGAUUGAAAUUUUGUAGAAACAUAAGACGUCUUUGUUGAAAGAGAAACCAUGGCGGACUUGAACGCCGAAGUUAACACAGUGAUUCAUUCAAAGGCUCUUAUGUUGGGAUUAAAUGAACUGCGGAAGGCCAACAAGCUACUGGAUAUUACUUUGUUGGUUGAAGGAUCGUCUAUGAAGGCUCAUCGUGUAGUUCUUGCCGCAUGCAGUGAUUAUUUUGCCGCAAUGUUUACAGAUCCCAUGAAAGAAGCCCAACAAUCUGAAAUCCAACUAAUAGGCAUACCAGCUCGUGGUAUGGAAAGUUUACUCGAAUAUGCUUACACAUCGAAAUUAGAUAUAGAUCGUAAUAAUGUCCAAGACAUUCUAUCAGCUGCCACUCAUGUUCAAAUGAAUGCCGUCGUUCUCUCCUGUUCGGCCUACUUAGAAUCUCAAAUAGACAUGGAAAAUUGUGUCGACAUAGCUACACUAUCUGAUCUCUAUUCAUUAAGUAAUCUCAAGCACAAAACCUAUCGAUUUAUAUGUGCUCAUUUGGAGGAGUUCUCAAAAACUCCAGAAAGGGAUAAUCUAAGUUGUGAACAGCUUGAAUAUAUCCUAAGCUGUGACUAUCCUGUGGAUUGUUCGGAAGUCACAGUUCUACAAAUUGUAGCUGAGUAUUGUGUAAAGAAUAAAGUUACAUUGGAAAAUGCUAUAAAACUUUUUACAAACAUUCGUUUCGAUCAAAUCAAAACAAUUGAUCUACACGUUUGGCCAAGGUUUGAUUAUAUUGAUGAGUCUAUUCAUUCGCCGUAUUACAAUGUUAUGCGAACGGCGGGUUUUCAACAAAAGAAAUCCUGCAAGAAAAAGUAUAUUAACUCUGAUCUACUCAGGAGCAAUAUUCUGACAAAUACUCGAGGCAUGGAGUUGGCGCUAGUCAAAAUUGGAGGUUUCUAUAUAAAUGGAGUACACAAUGGUCUGAGUUUUGCUUUGCCCGAUGAAAAGAGAUGGCACCCGUUAACUUGCAUUCCACACAUCGAACAAUGCAACUAUGGAACAGCCGUGUUAGGCAAUGACCUUUUCGUGGUGGGUGGCUCUUACGAUGUUUGUCUGAAAGAAUACAUUCACGGGUUUGGUUUUCGAUACAGUGCAGGUAAAGACAAAUGGUCAACGAUAUCACCAAUACAAUCGGAAAGAUGUCGAUUUUCGUUGAACGCAGUUGGCAAUUUUUUAUAUGCUGUGGGAGGUGUUUGUGACCAAAUCGAAGGAAGUGAAGAAAUCUGGGAGGAAGGCCGACGAGAGUCGAAUUGUGAGAAAUAUAAUGUAGCUGCUGAUACAUGGGAAUAUAUAAAACCGUUGAAAGAGAAUCGAAGUCAGCAUGCUGGAGCAGCUCAGGGUCACUUUUUGUACAUAUCAGGUGGAAUUGAUAGACACUUAGUUCUGCCUUCGUUUUGGCGAUACGAUACAUUUGGCGACAAAUGGCAUCAAAAGAGUCCUAUGCCAAAACCAAGAGCGGAUCACGUACUCCUUGCAAUUGAUGACAAGAUUUACGCUUGUGGCGGAUGGUUUGAAGACCCUCAUACUGGAACACGGGUCCUAAUUAGUGACAUCGAUGUUUAUGAUGUUGCCACAGAUAGUUGGUAUUUGGAGACAAGGAAUCCAGUUCCUACAUUUCAUGCUGGUAUAACAGCGGUGAAAAAUAAAAUCUACUUUGUUGGAGGGCUGCUUUCGGAUGAAACAAUAAAUUGUUCGUCAAAUGUUCAAACUUAUGAUCUUUUAACCAAAGAAUGGUCAACACAAACAGAAUGGGAAGGAUCCAAACCUACUUGGGAGUGUACGUGUGCUACAUUUUAUGUGCCGCGUUGUCGAGAAGGUUUAUAACAAAGAAUAAGAAAUGAUGAAAUUACUCAACGAUAUGUUUAAACUCUAACGUCGAGCUGCCUUAUACAUAUAUGUUUUUGUUCUUGUUUUUAUUUUUUUUAUUUAAAAAUCUGAGAUUGUUGUAAAUAGUAUUUAUAUUGUAGUAUACAAAAAUAGUAAUUUAAUUUCUUUGUAUGCUUAGAAUGUGUAUCGUCUGCUGUUUUACCAGUGAAUUUCGAAAGGAAAUAAAAUAUAAAUUAUAAAUUGUCAAUUAUACUUACCUAA